AUGGAUGACCACUUCAUCUACAGGCUCAUCGACUCACCCUCCUCUUUAAGGAACAGGGGGGAUAACGGUGAAAACCCGGGCUACGGCGAGGCGGAGAAGGGCGUCAUGACUGUCGAAAACAUGCUGGAAGAGUGUUCUGCGCUCUCGACCCACCUGUCAGUCGAUCGAUACCAGCGCGGACACGAGUGCCGUGAGAGAGUGGUUAUCAACAUCUCAGGCUUGCGCUUCGAAACUCAACUUAAAACUUUCAACCAGUUUCCAAAAACCUUGCUUGGAGACCCGAGGAAGAGAAUGCGCUACUUUGACCCGUUGAGGAACGAGUACUUUUUCGACAGAAACCGACCCAGCUUCGAUGCUAUUCUCUAUUUCUACCAGUCCGGGGGGCGCAUUCGGAGACCUGUUAACGUUCCCAUUGAUAUUUUCUCGGAGGAGAUUAGAUUUUAUCAGCUCGGGGAAGAGGCAAUGGAAAAAUUUCGAGAGGAUGAAGGAUUCAUAAAAGAAGAGGAACGUCCCUUGCCUAACAAUGAAUUACAAAGGCAGGUUUGGCUGUUGUUUGAAUACCCCGAAAGCUCUGGUCCAGCCAGAGGAAUAGCCAUAGUCUCAGUCCUUGUCAUUUUAAUCUCAAUUGUUAUAUUCUGUUUAGAGACCUUACCGGAAUUUCGUGAUGAUAAGGACCCGGCCACCGUGGCACAGAUAGUUAACGGGACUGCCCCCUACGUCCCAAGUUCGUUUUCAGACCCUUUCUUUGUGAUAGAGACCCUUUGUAUUAUCUGGUUCUCGUUUGAGUUGCUUGUCCGUUUUUUUGCGUGUCCUAGCAAAACCACGUUCUCAAAAAACAUAAUGAAUAUAAUUGACAUAGUGGCUAUAUUUCCGUACUUCAUCACUUUGGGAACAGAGCUGGCCGACAGUGACGGGAGCGGCCAGCAAGCUAUGUCGCUAGCCAUCCUCAGGGUCAUCAGGCUCGUUAGAGUCUUCCGCAUCUUCAAACUAUCCCGUCACUCUAAAGGACUUCAGAUUCUAGGGCAGACAUUAAAAGCCAGCAUGAGAGAGCUUGGCCUGCUCAUAUUCUUCCUCUUCAUAGGAGUGAUUCUGUUUUCCAGCGCGGUUUACUUUGCCGAGGCGGACGACCCGUCCUCCAGUUUUACAAGCAUCCCAGAUGCCUUCUGGUGGGCCGUGGUCACCAUGACUACCGUGGGAUAUGGAGACAUGCACCCGGUGACCAUCGGUGGUAAAAUAGUGGGGUCUUUGUGCGCGAUAGCCGGGGUGUUAACUAUUGCUCUACCGGUUCCCGUUAUCGUCUCUAAUUUCAACUACUUUUACCACCGGGAAACUGACGGGGAAGAGAGCGCGCAAUACCUCCAUGUCAGUAGCUGUGAACACCUACCGUCAGACGAACUGAAGCGUACGUGCAGCGCCUCAUCUCUCAGCAAGUCGGAAUAUAUGGUAGAGGAGAGCCUCAACAGUGCCUUUAAACAGCCCAGCUUCAAUAACGAAAACAAACAAAACUGUGUAAACAUCAAAAAGAUUUUUACGGAUGUGUAAAAGACUGGCCCCUAAUGAAGCAUGUAGCGGGCUUCGAGAUCUCUAUUACCACUACUCUUUUCAUGAUAAGCAAUCGUGACGUGUUCAUAUCUGUUAAGUGGACGUAUAAAUCCUACAGUGUACUGUAUGGUAGGAUGCCUACCAUAUCGUGAUGUUUCGAUUCGUCCUUGAGUCAAAUGCAGGUGUUGAUGUCAAGUGUUGCCGUCCUUACUGUAGCAUUAUACCUCACAAUCUAUCAAUCUUUACAGAGUUGUCUGUGUUUGGCGUGGGGUGGGGUUGUGAGUUUAUCAGUCAUGUAUAAUGAAUAUAGCAAUAUAUAGCCCAAAUGUCUGUAAGGUUAUUCUAUACUGAUAUCCAGCACUAUGAGAUCCGACUGUCCGAGUAUUGUUCGUGUUAUUAUUCAGGUAAUUCAGAGUCGAUGUCGUGUCGAUACGAAAGGUAACGCGCAUGUUACUACAGGUAUUUUCAUUCAGAACCGCCUUUAGCCUAUACCAAAUAAAACGGAAAAUAUGUAAACCCGAGAAUCGGAAAGGGUCUUUGGUUAUACAAGUUUAUUUUUUUGAUGCAUAUAACGGAUUAAAAUUUUUGUGUAGGUCUAUGCUAUGUGGCAUGUCUCAUUGAUCACAGUUUCUACAGGACAAAACAAUGGAUUUAAAUGAGGGUAUCCUUAGGGUAUUGAACACGCUCCUAAAAGAAUGUCCAUUUCGUAAUGUGAACAGUGUUGAAUACAUUAUUAUGUGCGCAUGCACGCUGAAAGUCCC